AAUUUGUUUUACAGAAGAUUAAUCAUGUGUAAGAAACGACAUGAGCUGAUUGUUUGGUUAGUCGAAGAAAUCGAGUCUAUAUUCGGUACACCAAUGGUUUUGCAAAUGUUAGUGAUGGCUUGGAUUAUCUGUAUGACUAUUUACAAGAUAGCUGCCAUAGACAUAUUGUCAGUAGAAUUUUUGGCAAUGGUAGUAUAUUUGGGCUGUAUUUUGUUCCAAUUAUUUAUCUACUGCUACUUUGGAACGCAACUUAAAAACGAGAGUGAAUUUGUGAAUCAAUCUAUCUACGAGUCCGAUUGGCCGGCGGUGUCACCGCGGCUGCGUCGGCCGCUGCUCAUCAUGAUGGAGCGCUGCUACCGGCCAAUUGCACCCUGCAUUGCAUACAUCGUGCCCAUGUCGCUCGAUACUUUUAUAUCUGUGGUGAAAUUCUCGUAUUCUUUGUACACAUUUCUGGAUCGGAACUAA